GAAGAAGAGUAACUGAGGUAGGCUGUUGGUUUUGUAAACAGUUGUCCGGACUGAUAUUACCACAGAAAUGGAAGGUUUUCUACUUCAAGAAGGAAGAUAAAUUGUUGUCAACCAUAUGGGCGUGUAGAGAAGCCAGUGAUCAUGUCAGCGAUUAAAGUGGCCCUGCAGCAGCGCCAGAAGAGCAGCAGAAGGAAAACCUCUGAAGCGAUGUCUGCAGAGGUGUCACCAGAUUCCAAGUGUCCAAUCUGUCUGGACACAUUUAACAACAUAUCUUACCUGGACCUCUGCCUGCACAAGUUCUGUUUCCGUUGUAUUCACGAGUGGUCUAAGAACAAAGCAGAGUGCCCGCUAUGCAAACAGCCCUUUAAUUCGAUCUAUCAUAGUAUAAAAUCAGAGCAAGACUUUAAGAAGUAUGAUCUGCAGCCACUGGACAAUGGCUCUUUUGGAACUUUUGGGGGAGUGCGAUUUAGAUACCGCACAACUCUCACAGGAGUCCAUCGGCAAAUGCGGGGAAGGACAUCACCACCUCCAGAUAAUGGGGUGAUGUUUGAGGCCUCAACAAACCCUCCCCAGCAGCGGCAGGACCGUUACAUUAGGCGAAUGAUGAUGAGGUUGGCAGCUAAGAGGAGAGCUGCUAGUGAAGGCAGGGUGGUGAACAGUGUCCGAGAACAAGAGAUGAUCAACUUCAGGAGGGAACUCUACCGUCAAGGCGUGAGGGUUCGAAUUGUCCGGGAUGGGGGCCGCUCCAGAGAAAUCUCAGCUGAAUUCUUCAGAAGAAAUCCUGCCUGUCUUCAUAGACUUAUCCCCUGGCUAAAAAGAGAACUCAUUGUGCUUUAUGGAGCUCAUGGUUCUUUGGUCAACAUAGUCCAACACAUCAUCAUGUCCCGGAUUACACGUUAUGACAUGGAGGAUGGAGCUAUUAUGGAAGAGCUCAGGCCGUUCCUUCAGGGGCGCACUGAGCACUUUCUACAUGAGUUCAUCAGUUUUGCAAAAUCUCCCUUCAAUAUGGAAGCCUAUGACCAACAUGCUGUCUACGACUGCCCAGCCCCAUCCUCGAAUGAAGACAGCAGCUCUAACUCUUCUGUAAUAGCCAUCUCAGAAGAUGAGGAGCACUCCCUGGAGUUGGACCCUCCAGGGGAUUCCACAUCUACUUUGAGCCAGUCUGUGUGGGAUGAUGAGACGCCUGGGCCUUCAUAUUCUACGACAGCAGAGCAGAGCAGGGCAGAGUGCCUGUCUGUCGUAGACUCAGACUCAGACAGCAGUAUAGAGGAGGCACAACAGUCUAGAGAUUCUCCGCAGCAAAGGAGUCCGCAUAUCCAAACAGAUAUGAUACAGAACAUAGUUAACAAAGAUUGUUUGUCUUCUGAUAGUGAUGAUUGUGUCAUUGUAGGUUUUAUUAAACCAGUGGCAGAAAGGACACCUGAGCUUGUGAAGCUCUCUUCUGACUCUGAAGAAUCGGCCAAUGAGGAUACUAAAGAAGUGCCUCUUCUGCCUCAACAUAUCCGCUUCUCCAGUCUCAGUCCUGUAGCUUCACAAAGCAGUGGUGCUGGACAGUCUGGAAAUGUACAAACAGAUAAUCACUCAAUAGAAAGAUAUAGUUCUUCAACAUCUAGCCGACACAAGUCUUCUAGCAAGUCAAACAGAAAAGACAGGCAUGAGAGACUUGAUAGUAACAGUAAAUCUAGGGACAGAGACCACAGGAGAAGGUGGAGGUCAAGAAGUGGAGAGCGCAGACACUUGAGCAGGAGCCCAGCAAAUUCCCACAGCAGAGAAAAAGAUUACCCCCACUCCAGGGGCAGAGGUUUCUACUCAAACACUAACUAUAGAAGGAGAGACAUUGAUCACAGCUGUCAGUCAUACAAACACUACAGCCAAGACAGGAGGGAUAGUGGGACCCAGUACACAGGGAGGCAUUCCUACUACAACAGUAGCAGCAGGCACUCACACUCUCACUCCAGGAGCCGCAGCAGGGACUCACGAAGACGGGACAGGAGGCAUUCACGAUCUAGGUCUUAUUCCAGUAGUUACUCACCUUCACCAAAAAAGAGGUCUCACCAUGACAAGCCUGGUGGGAAGAGGAAAUACAAAACAAGACAUCUGGAGGAGCCACCCAACUCGAAUGCUGAGGACGAAACAUCCUCUUCCACAAAGAAAAGGAGCAAAGAGAAGCAUCAUAAGAAAUCCAAAGAGCAUCCAAGAAAGACUAGCAGGAGCCUGAGUGUGGAGCUCGUCAAUGAGGAAGGCUCUAACGAGCGAACCAGGAAGCAUCAUAAGAAAAAAAAGAAACACAAGAAGAAGGGCAAGAGGCACAAGAGCAGUGAACGUACACAGAAGCACCCACCCACUGUCAUUACUAUUGACAGUGACAGUGAUUCUUUUGCUAAUUGCAGUGCCACCCAGACUAACAAGGUCCCCAAAACCAUCAAGGACAGCCUUGUUGACAAUCCCAUGGAUGACCCAGGAGACCCUGGCCCUUCAGGCUCUCAUUUGUAGUGAUAAAAAAGGUCAGAUUCUCAUUGUUUGUAGUGGGAACUGAUGGAUCCACACCAGCUGCUAAUGCCUCAGCAGUAUUUUAGAUCAAAACAAUGUUCUUUAUGUUGAAGAUCACCACACUUAAGGAUAUGAUGAAAACACUGCAAGUGUUUCAGUUGUUGAACUGCCAUCAUUGGAUAAAUGUUUGUCGUAAACCAUUAAGGCCUGGGUCAAGGACUGUUAACUACACAAACAGUAGUCCUAUUUUAAGUUCAAAGUGCCACUGUGAACAAAGAAUGGAAAAAUAUUGUUCAAACCUUAUUUUAGUGUCUUUUUUUCCUGUUAAUCCACUUUCUUAAACAGAUUUAUUUCAUGUCUCCGGUGCUCUCAGGGAUUUUGGGACAACUGAUUUUUUAAUGUUAUGUCAGCUAAAAACCAUUUAAACAUGCUUCUCAUUGAGUAGCACUUAUUACUGACCGAGGGUGUAUGGAUUUUAGAUUAAGUUCUUUUGUAUUGAAUUUUAUUUAAAAUAAAUUGUAUGAGCAAUUCUGCAUUAUGCUGAUAUUUUUCUGUUAUUACAUCGUUACAUUUAUGAGCAUACCUGGUAUAAUCCGACUGCCUUAUUGGGGGUGUUUUGUAAAUGGUAAAAUGAUUGCCAUUAAAAUUUUGCAUUUUCACAGAGAUAUUUUGUUUUCAAAGACCAAAAAUUCUCUUUAAAAGAGGAGUUAUAGGCACA